GGGCUGCAGUUAUAAAUACUGCUCUUCCCCUUUAUUGCUAGAGAGCCAGUCCUUUGCGGUCGGAGCCCGAGCUGGUCGCAGCACGAGGCUUUGUGAACUCGCACCAAUGGCCAGCAGGUACGUGGUGAACUAGGACACAGCCUGCUCUAUGGCGCCUCCUGAACCCUGGAUCUACUUUUAGAAGCUUUUCUGUGUGAAUUCUGUUUCGCUUGGCCACCACCAACAAUGCCCAUGGCGAAUGGCCUCUCCGUGCCGCUGGACUGCCUCCAGCGGCAGCAGGAGCUGUGCCUGGUGUGCUCAAAAUGCAGCGUGAAAGAAAACGAGAUUACCUACCGGUUGAAAGAGGUGGAGCACAAAUGCAUGUACGAGAUCCUCCUUGCCAGGUACAAGAACAAGAGGAACACGGCCUGGAGGAAGGUGUCCAGGCGGCCGGGCUUCCCCAACCCAGCCCGCUAUGCGGUCUGCCGAUACUACAUCAUGGGCUUGGGCUGCAGCAAGCACAAGAACCAGUGCACCUUUGCCUGGAGCCCGGAGGAGGCGAUGGUGUGGAACUUUGAGCGGGAGCACGAGCUGGAGAGGCGCAUGCUGAAGGCUGAGGUCCUGCAGGCCCAGCUAGCCAGCUGCCCCAAUGGCUUCCCCCUGCCGGACCUGGCCAGCGCUGCGGGGGACAUCAUGAGUGAGUUUGGGGGACACUUCCAGGAGAUCUGCAAACAUUGCUUUUAUGGAAGUCCUCAGCAGAUCUCCAUGGGUGGCCAGGCACGGCUCUGCGAGUACCACCGGACCUGGAGCCCGCUGUUGGUGCAUGUGAUGUCUGACGGUCGGAGGAAGAAGCAGUACACUGCCAUCCGGCCGUGCCCUGAGUUCAUCCCGGCCCUGAGCUACUGCAGAUAUGUCUCCAAGGGCGAGCCGUGCAAGCACAGCCUUCAGCGGUGCCACUACGCACACAGCGAUGUGGAGAUGGCCGUGUGGCAGGCGGAGAGGAAGUACGGCUUGGCUCGCUCGGAUCUGCUGCCAGCCUCGGAGACGUGCAGCGAGAACGGCGAGCAGGCGACACCUCCUCUGGUUCAAUUCUACUGUCGGGUCUGCCUGGUGACCUUCAGCUCUCAGGAAAGCUUCGAGAACCACUGCUCCUCCAUGGAGCACGUGCAGAUGGUCUCGGCCGACACCACCGUCCAGUGGGUUCACCGCGUGCCUCCUCUCGGGCUGACGAAAUUCUCGCUGUGCAGCAGAGCAGAGGUGUGUGAAAUUGGCAAUAGCUGCACCAAGGCCCAUUCCACUGAGGAGCUGCAGGAGUGGAUCCAGAGGGUGAAGGUUGCCGUAAAGAAAAAGAAACAGGCCAUGAAGGACGGGCUUUUAUCCUACCAGGAUCGGCUCAUUGCUGAGUACCAGAAGUGCUCCAAUGAAGUGUUCAUUAUGGCUGAGCACGUUGACGGUGUUACGGUUACAUGUGAGCAGCCCCUGCACGUGCAGUCGGAGGACAGGAGGAUGAAAUACAGGUGGAAGUUCAGAGUUCACGCCCAGAUGCCUCUGAAGCAUGUGGCGCUACUGAAGAGGGAACCUGGAGUCACCUUCUACCUCUCAGGGGAUGGAUUUUCACGGGGCCUCCACUACAUUAGGGGGGAGCACCUGAGCACUCUGCCCUCCUCCCCGAACACAUCCUUGGUGGAGGUUUGCAUGGAGUGCUGCACACUGGGAGUCUUCGAGCAGUGGGUGGUGUUUGACUUUGGCAGCCGCCCUGUCCUCAUCCAGAAAAUCCGGGCCAAGGUGGGCCAGCGGGAGCUUCCUCGGCAGAUCCCAGCCAGUAGAGAGAGCAUCCGUCCUGUGAACUUUGUGCGAUGGCACAGUGGUAACAGGGUCAUCGUUCCCAGCGUGCUAAGGACCAGUGAUGAGGUGGAUCUGCUGGCCAGAUACAAACCACCUGCUCUCUCUCUGGACUUUCGGCAUGAGGGUGGUGCAAGUCCUCCCAUCACCCGUCUCACAUACAGGGACAGGAUGCACAACUUCCUCUUCCGGGAAGAAGAAGCCGAACAGGCUCUCAUUGCCAAACUCAACCUCCGGGUCUCCAUCUUGCUGACUCCGAUGCUGCAAAGCCUUUCUAUGGGGAUGAAGUUUGCCCUGUCUGGUGAGCUGUUUGCCGAAGUGCCUACCCCGUAUAACCUCUCGCCAGACACAGAUGAGGGGUAUCUGCUGAACAGGUCUGUGCCCAUUGCUUUCCUGGCACUUGACCCACCAGUAGACAAUCGGGUUUAUGAGGUCAAUGUGGAGAAUAAGGCCACCACUGAGAAGACCAUCUGGCUACAGAUACCAAAGAGAUGCUGCUCUGAGUUGAACUUCAAGCCAAACACCUCCUACAAUGUGGAGAUCCAGUUCCAAAUUGACCGGUUGCUGUUCCGGCAGUGGCACCAUGCUGUUGACCGCCUGUUGGAUGAGAAGCUGGUUCUACCUGACGUUGCCAAUUGCUCUAUCCCCUAUUCUCCCGAGCUAUCAGAGAAAGGGAACAGCAAGCAGAAACUAGCCAUCUCCUUCAUCACGGGCCAAGCAACCAGCAGCCGGCAGAUCCCACCUCUUCUGAUCUAUGGGCCUUUCGGCACAGGGAAGACAUUCACCUUGGCCAUGGCCACCAUGGAGAUCCUGAAGCAGCCCAACACACGGGUGCUGAUCUGCACUCACACUAACAGCGCUGCGGACAUCUACAUCCGGGAGUAUUUCCAUAACUAUGUAACCAAAGGGCGUCCAUGGGCUGUUCCCUUGAGGAUUAUAUCCACUGACCGUCCCAUCAACCUGACAGACCCCAUCACUCAGAUGUACUGCUGUCUCUCUGCGGACCAGCGCUCCUUCAGGCACCCCACGCAGGAGGAGAUUGACAGGCACCGCAUAAUUAUUACCACCUCCAUGUUAUCCAAGAACUUGAAGGUGGCUCCAGGUUACUUCACUCACAUCAUGAUCGACGAGGCUGCUCAGAUGCUGGAAUGCGAAGCUUUGGUUCCGCUCUCAUAUGCCACUUUUGAGACUCGGAUUGUCCUAGCUGGGGACCACAUGCAGAUAACCCCAAAGCUGUUCUGCGUUGGAGACGGACAGUCUGCUGAUCACACCCUGUUAAACCGACUCUUUCAGUUUUACCAGAAGGAGAGGCAUGAAGUGGCUGUGAAGAGCAGGAUCAUCUUCAAUGAGAAUUAUCGUUCCACUGCAGACAUAAUUGAAUUUGUCUCCAAACACUUCUAUGUGGGCAAAGGCAAUGCUAUCCAAGCCAGUGGGAACAUCCCACCCCAUCCGGAAAUCUACCCGCUCAUGUUCUGCCACGUGCCUGGCAUGGCUGAAAGGGAUAUGUCCAUGAUUUCCUGGCAUAACACCUCAGAGAUAAUGCAAGUGAUUGAGAAAGUGCAGGAGAUAUUUGAGAAGUGGCCAGACGAGUGGGGUGUCCAAAAUCUGAAGAGGAUCUGUGUGGUCUCCCAUGGGACACAGGUUUCUGCAACCAGGCAAGAGCUGAGGAAAAGGCACCUACAAGAUGUGGUGGUAGAAAACUAUGAAAACUUGCCAGGGCGGGAGUUCCGGGUCAUCAUUAUCAGCACAGUCCACACCAGCGAGAGUCUGCGCAGCUCUGCCUCCCACCGCCUGGAGUUCUUCAAUGAAGCCAGAGUGCUCAACACCAUCAUGACCAGGGCUCAGUCGCUGGUUGUUGUGGUGGGGGAUGCCGUGGCCUUGUGUUCCCAUGGCCAGUGCAGCAAGGUGUGGAAACGCUUCAUCCAGGAGUGCAUUGAGAAGGGAAGCGUGACUCCGGAGAACCUGACGAUGGCGCAGAUCAAACAGGCGGCGUGUGACAAGGAGAGCUGGAGCAGGAGGAGCCCAGAGGGGGAUGAGGAGGACAGCGACACCGAUUCCUGGAGCUCUGAGGCUGAUAGCAUGAAUCCCGACGAUCCCAUUCUCCAGGAGCUCUUAGAUGAAAGCAAGAACGUCCUGGUGACAGUGUCCGAGGAAGGGCUGCUGAACGUGAAGUCUGAGGCUUCAAACCAGUGGGAAGACAGGCAGGAAUACGUCAAUUUUUCCUCUCAGACGAUGCAAGAGUAUCUCCACAUGCACCCCAAAAUGUACAAGAGGUGCGAGCUGAUCAAAGAGGGAUUUGACAGAGCUUCUGCCUUCACCCUCAAUGACUCGCCCGCUAUGACCAUUCAGAUCAAAGGUAGAGUUCACUGCGGGACGGCCUUCACUGGGGAUGAAGUGCUUGUGGAAAUCCUGCAGAGUAGCACAGCUGACAGUAGCUGCCUCCGCCCUCAAGGGAAGGUGGUGGGCAUAUUAAAGCGUGCAGAGAGAGAACGGACCUUUAUCUGCAUGAUGGACGAAUUUGAUCCCCGGGUGAUGAUACCCAUUGAUCGCACUGUCACCAAAAUAUUUGUCCCAGGGCUGAAAGAAAAACCAAACGUCAUUCCCAUCCGCAGGUUUGUCAACGGGAAGUACAGAGUGGUCAGCUGUGAGAAGAUCGGCCAGGAGACGAGGAGAUGCCAGCUCUUCUGUGUCCAGAUUAUCUCCUGGCGGGAAGGGUUUUACUACCCUUUGGGGAUAAUAACUGAGAUUCUGCAUGUUGCGUUGACAUUGGAAGAAGGCCUAAAGAUCCUUGACUUGGAGUAUGAUUUGGAAAAUAAAUAUCCUGCUGUCGUUACCAGGGAAUUAGCCAAACACACCUCCAGCAAACCAAACCUCACCAAGGAAAACCUGAAGGACUGUCGGAGUUACCUGACGUUCACUGUUGACCCCCCAGGUGCUAAGGAUUUAGACGAUGCUGUCAGUGUUAGGGAUCUUGGAGGCCACUAUGAGAUUGGGAUCCACAUUGCAGAUGUGGCUGGCAUCAUUCCCAAAGGCAGUGCCUUGGACAUGGAAGCAAAGAAACGGGGUGCCACAUACUAUGCUCCCAACCGGGAGCCACUGUGCAUGUUCCCACCCAAAAUUAGCCAGGAAAUCUGUAGCCUCCUGCCACAGGAAGAUCGUCGUGUGAUCUCAUUGUUUGUCACUGUAGAAAAGAAGACUGAUACAGUGAUAAAGGGAACCUUCACUAUGUCUGUGAUUCGCUCAGACAGGCAGCUGUCCUAUGAAGAGGCGGAGCUCUUCAUUAAGAACCACUACAGGGGAGACGCAGAAGCCCUUCGCUUUGAUACCCUGGAGGACUGCAUAGCUGUGGCUUAUCACUUCUCCAGGAUCCACCGGAAGUUUCGCCUGCAGGAAGACUGUUUCUAUGACCAGCUGGAUGAGGAAAGCUCCCCAGGUAACAGAGGUUCCCAUCAGAUGAUAGAGGAGUUCAUGAUCAUGUUCAACAGUUUUGUGGCUGAGUUCCUAACCAACCAGGAGGUCACCAGAAAUGUCACUCCUCUCCGCUGUCAGAGUGAGCCAAGCCCUCAACAGAUAUCACUCAUGAGAAGCAAGUACAGCCACAUCAUUCCUUUGUCCAUCCAUCUCUCACACCAUCUGGGAGAUGUGCUUCCCAGUCAAGUCUCAUCAAAAGAUGUGGAGUUCAGACUCCUGGCCCCGCUUUGGGAGCACCUACAGUCAGCUGCAAAUGUCUGUGAUUUCCACAAGAUGCUAGACCUUAUUGUCACUGAUGACAUCCACCCAAAGCUGGCCCCCGUGGUGCUGGAGUUCAGGAGACUGCUCAGCCGCUCUUAUUUCAGUCGCUCCAACUCCACUGCGCAAUCAAAAGCAGGCCAUUACUCCUUGCAUGUUGACUCGUACACCUGGGCUUCUUCUCCCAUCCGCCGAUAUAUGGAUGUGGUGGUCCAGCGGCACCUUCAUUCCGUGCUCCGCAAGAAGCCGAUUGCCUAUUCUUUGGAGGACAUUGAGUUUCUCUGUCAUGACUUCAACAGGAAGAAUUCCCGAGCUGUGACGUACGAGAAGAGGGCCCACUCCCUGCAGAUGGCCAUUCAGCUGAAAUCGCAAGUCCUGCAGAAGGUGGCCUUUGUAGUGGAUAUCGAAGGGAUGAACAAGUACUUUAAAGCCUUGUUUCCACUGAACAAAGAGACUCUUCCUGAUCCCCAGUUAAUUAACUACAGAGCUCUUCAGCUGACAGAGCAGCCCACGUUCAUCCAGGAGCGGAACAGCAUGAGGCUCAUGUGGAAGAGGAGGGUAUAUUCUGUGGUGACGAUGAAGGAACAUAGCCUGAAGGAGGGGCCUCUCUGUGACCGCAGUGUCACCCUCUUCAGUGCCCAAGUUUGGCAAAACGUGCUCUCGGCCAUCAAAAGUGAAAAGUUUGAGAAUGUGGCCCCUCUCCUUCAGAGGGGUGAGGAUCACCACAAGCGGCACGUGGGGAGGAUAAGGAAAAGUCCGUGCAUGCACUAUGUGGAACUGUCCCUGGAGCUGAGCGCUGGUGACGCGCUGCAGUUCCAGCUCACCACAGAUGUUUACCGGGGAUUCCUGGUGCCCUUUGUGCAGCUGUGGUGUGUGACGCCAGGUUUUGACAUCUGUCUGCAGCACACAGAAAAGCCCAUCGAUUGCUUCUCUGCAUAUGCCACUCAGCCAUCCAAAGACAAGUACAAACAUGCAGUGGAGUAUAACAAAGUGUGGAUGCCAAUGAGUGCCAUGGAAUCCGCUUCGUGUGCAGUGGCUGAAAAUGACUCCAUUGUCCUCCAUGAUGUCAAAAUAACCUGGGCAAAGCAAAGGACAAGCAAAGGGCAGCUGCAAGGGACUUUCUCUGUAACCAAAAGCUUUUUGGAAGAGUGCUCCAUUGAAGUAGAUUUCAACCACUGUUACUUGUGCAUUCGCUUAAGUGGGCUGGACCUUGCGAGCCUUCAAAGCGAUGAGGAGUGCCUUAGCCACGGUCUCCAGAAUCUGACUUUGUUUAACAAAGGCAGAUCAGAAAGCAAACUUGUGGUUGAUCCCGGCACAUACACCUGGGUGGCUCACGGGCUCACUGAAGAGUUUGGCGACGAUGAGAAGUCAGACAGGAGUAGUCAACAAACUUUCAAUUUUUACAUCCACUAUAUGUCUAUGGAGAAUAUUCCUGUGGAAAUCUCACAGGACUCUGCCAGGUUCACGGUGGAGCUGAUUCCAAAGAUGUUGCCAGAUGUACGGAAAGAAAAUGCAAUUUGGAAGCUCAUGUAUGCCUCUGACCUUGCUAAAAGCAUCGCACUAAACCAUGUGCCUCCUACAAAAGUGAUAACUUCCAAACUCCUGCUGCAAAAAACCUUUGAUCUCCCUGGGAGUCAAAGGAAGCUCAACCAGAGUCAGAACCAGGCAAUUCUAAAUGCUCUACGAAAAUCCUUCACGCUCAUCCAAGGUCCACCAGGCACAGGGAAAACCGUCGUUGGAACUCACAUUGUCUACUGGUUCCAUAAGCUGAACCAGGAGAUCGCUGAGAAGGAAGAACCAAAAUUCUUGGAUGAAGAAGAGGGCAAAGGGACCAAGUGCAUCUUGUACUGUGGCCCAUCCAACAAGUCUGUUGAUGUUGUUGCUGAGAUGCUGCUGAAGAUGAAAGACCUGAGACCGCUGAGGGUUUACGGUGAGGCGAUUGAGACGAUGGAAUACCCAUAUCCAGGGAGCAACCGGCACCUCUCCCGAAAAGCCUUGCGAGAUGCAAAGCCAAAGCGUGAACUCAGUGAAAUAAUCCUGCAUCAUCGAAUCCGACGGCCGCCCAACCCUUUUUGGCAGAAGAUCUGUGAAUUUGAUGCCCGAAUGAGGAAGGAGGAUCAGAUAGCAGAAGAAGAGAUAAAGAAGUACAAAAAUCUGUUGUCAGCUGCACGUGCACAUGAGCUAACAUGCCACGACGUGAUUCUGUGCACGUGCUCCGCCGCAUCUGCCCCCUGCCUGGAGAAGCUGAAUGUCAGGCAGAUCCUCAUUGAUGAGUGUGCCAUGUCCACAGAGCCCGAGACCCUCAUCCCCUUGGUCAGCCAUAAGUAUGCUGAAAAGGUUGUUUUGCUCGGGGAUCAUAAACAGCUGCGGCCCGUAGUCAACAAUGACUUCUGCAAGAGUCUUGGCAUGGAGACGUCUCUUUUUGAGCGUUACCGGAAUCAGGCUUGGAUGCUGGAUACGCAGUACCGUAUGCACAAAGACAUUUGCAAGUUCCCAUCGCAGGAGUUUUAUGAAAGGCGGCUGAACACAUGCCCUCGGCUUUUUCGUAAAGCCAGCGUCUUCUACCACAAAGACAAUAAAUGCUGCCCGAUUAUCUUUGGGCACAUAGAGGGGAAGGAGCAGAGCCUCAUGAUUUCUACUGAGGAAGGAAAUGAGAACUCCAAAGCUAACCAAGAAGAAGUGGAGCAGGCGGUGAGGACGGCGAAGCAGCUGACGCUAGAUGGCACCAUCCGGCCGGAGAGCAUCGCCAUCCUGAGCCCCUACAACGCCCAGGUGUCCGAGAUCAGCAAGCGCCUCUUGAGGGAGGGCAUCCGUGGAGUGACUGUUUGCACUAUCAUGAAAAGUCAAGGAAGCGAGUGGAGAUACGUGAUCCUGUCCACUGUGCGCUCCUGUCCCCGAUCAGAGAUUGAUAGGAGACCCACAAAAAGCUGGCAGAAGAAGUACCUGGGAUUUGUUACUGACCCAAACCAGGUUAAUGUUGGUAUCACACGAGCUCAGGAAGGCCUCUGCAUUAUAGGAAACCGUUACCUCCUGGAAUGCAACCCUCUAUGGAAGAGACUGCUUCAGCAUUACAUGCAGCACAACUGCUAUACCACAGCCCAAGCUAUUUCUGUCAGGAAGACUUUAGCCCUCCACUGAUGAGAAUGGAUUAUACCU